CGAAUGCAGUCCCUGAUUCUUUCCUGGAUCUGCACUUCCAAAGAUUUUGGCUUCUGGUCGAUCUGCGGCAGUUGACACCACCAUGAUGCCCACACUUCUCACUUCUUGAAUCAAUCCCAAAGCAAAGAGGACAAAGAACACAACCAACAAGCAAGCAAGCAAGCAAGCAAGCAACCAGUUGACAAACCCAUUCUAUCUCCAUUAGCCAGUUUCUUAUAGUGAGGUGUUCAUCAGCUCAUAAACUCACGCAAUAGUCGAAUCGGAUCCAUUCUCUCAAGAUCACCGAAUUCUUUCCACUUACUACAGUACCGUACAACUGAACUACUGCUCCAGGAUGAGCUUUCCUCUUCGUGCCAUUAUCCGAUCUCCCAUGGCAGCGAGACUUCUCGCUACCAGGCCUGUCGUCAGAUCCAAUCUCGUAGCAAAGGCGUUCUUCUCGGACAGUAUCACCUACUCUGGCGGACAAGCCAGUGAAGGCCAAGGUGGCUUUUACGGAUCCGGUGGUGCCCGUGCCGCUCCCGAGAAUACGUCCCAAGAACACGACAAUAGCGAAGAAGAACGAUCCAAAAUGUUGGCCAUGGCGGCAGACGUACAGAGCAUCACACAUACCAUGCAAGAACUAGAAACACUCGAACAAUUCUUGCAACGAGAAGAAACCGAAAAUCCAGGACAAGUCUCGGGACGAUCCAUUGAACUCAAAAAUUCCAUCAAGAAACUCAUGACCAAUCCAGAAGUAUUGGACACCCUCAAUCGAUUGGAAUUGAAUGGAUCCCCUGUAUGGGGAUUGAGCAUGGCCGAACGACAACUCGUAGAGUUGGCACGAGAUAAAGUCAAUGAGUGCUAAAUUUUAAAAAAGAAUGGAGGAGAAGACGAAGUAAGUUCAAAUAAAUAAUCAACUGGAACGGAAGGAAGGAACGAAGGAAUCAAUGAAACUAUUCCAAACAAGUGCAGUACACAUGCCACUUGGCUCAAUGACAAAAAGUACAACUAGGCAGUAAUAGUUUUUUAGAAAUCGUGCACUGAAACAGUAUACUUUUG